AUGGGAAGCCACGAAACCGGAAGCCUGCCGAAUACCUUGAUGCUUUACCUUGUCGAUGUGUUCACUCUGCGCAAGUGCCAAGAUGUCUCUGCCUACAUUAUCGGACAGAAAAUGUGGCAACGCAACAACGUUCAGAACGAGGCCCAAGCGUCGCUCGAUCAGGCAAAUUCUUUUCUGAAGACCAAUGUUUCUCAACAAGACCUGUUGCAACUGGGCGAGCAAUUCUUGCGGUUGAACGCCACUUGUCGACCACAAGUAGGAAUUCAGGCCUGUGAAUCGUAUGGGGGCACUUGCCGGACUCUAAUCGACGGCUACUACGUGGAAGCCUCUUUCUGCUUGACUUGUGGACUCGUCUUCUUCUUUCUUCUCCGACCUUUGGCUCAUCGACUUGAUUGCCUCCCUACACAAGCUUUCGCUUUUAAAUUCGUUCCAAAGUCGACUCACUUGGAUGCCUCAUUCCUUUCUCGAUUACAAUUCCGCCUUCAACGAUUCUUUCGCAGGCUACCUGGCCAGCGUGUUUAA